AUGAAGAAUUAUUAUAUACUUAAAACAUUUUGUAGGAAAAUAUUCCUCGUGGGUUCUGGGAAUUUUUGGUAUGAGAAUGGGGAAAUAGGAGAUGAUUCCGUUAUUUACUAUAGACUGUUUACUCUAAUGUUAUUCCUAGCAUAUGGUUCUAUGACGGCAUUAGAGAUAAUGGCGGCUUUAGUUGGCGACUUUCCGGAAGAUGAAAAAAGUGAUUCAAUAACAUUUUCUGUUAGUCACGCAAUUGUGAUGAUAAAAAUUUUCUCUGUAUUACUUAAUAAAAAUUUGAUAAAGAAGUUGAUGUACGACAUGAUACGAGUAUGUGAGUUACACGAGAAAGAUUCUCUUAUGGCAGAAAAAUACAGAAUAAUGAAGAUAAACAUUAUAGCGUAUACUGGUACGGUAUAUGGCUCGGCUGCUUGUUUUGUGUUUGAAGGAUUACGAAAAGUAUACGAAGGAUCCCACUUUGUCACUGUCGUCACAUAUUAUCCAACAUUUACCGAUAACUCAGUGAUGGCAAACAUAAUCAGAAUAUUAACUACUAUUACCCUAUUCGUGAUGUUGAUGAGCAUGAUAAUAACUGUAGACGGCUUUACAAUGGCUAAUCUGAUAAUGUAUAAGUACAAGUUUAUUACAUUGAGACAUUAUUUUGAAGACUUACGAGAUGAGGUAGAAAGGAUCUGUGAAAUGGGCAAUUCUGAGAUGGCGGCGGAAAAGUUGAGAAAUGGACUUAUAGAAGGCAUUAUUAUGCAUAAGGAACUUUUGAGGUUAGGAAAGGAAAUUGUUAAAGCCUUUGGUAAUGUAAUGGCAUGCCAGCUAUGCCAGAGCUCAGGAUCUGCUGUGUCACUUUUGCUUCAAAUUGCGGUUUCAGAAGAUUUAACAUUUGUUGCAAGUCUCAAGAUAAUUUUCUUUGUCGCUGCUUUAUUUUUGUUGCUCGGUCUUUUCCUAUGUAAUGCAGGAGAGAUAACGUAUCAGGCGUCGUUGCUAUCAGACUCAAUUUUCUAUUGUGGCUGGCAUCUCUUUCCCGCACACUUGCCGCGAGGUUGUCAUCUCCGCAAGAUUGUCUCGAUCGCAUGUGUUCAAGCACAGCGUCCUCCGAUAAUGAAAGCUUUUAAAAUGCUAGAACUAACGUAUGCGACGUUUCUUUUGGUCGUUAGAGGAACGUAUUCAGUUUUCGCAUUAUUUUAUGCACAUCAAGAAAAGUAA